GAAGUUAACAAUUUGGCGGUUGUUCGUAACUUAGGAAAUGAGAGGUGUCAGAUGAUUUGAUGAUUUACUCUUUUUAAAAGACAAUAUAGGCUUUCCUGGCAUGGCAACCUUCCAGUCAGCAGGUCAGGCCGAGAUCAUCAGAAGCAGUCAGAAAGAUGAAGUUUAUCAGACACAGCUGAGAGGCAGUAUCCAUGAUGUCGUCCAGUCACUAAUAGGUGCAAGAUUUUGGGUGAGAUGGAGAAAGGAGCUGGAUGUUGUCUCUGAUGUGUUGUACUUUGGACUAACCACAGUAGCAGGCUUUCAAACCCUUGGUGAAGAGUAUGUGAAUAUACUUCAAGUGGAUAAUACUAGGAGAGCCAUUCCAUCAUUGCAGGUUGGUCCGCAUUGGAUGAAUACUGAUGAGGGAGAAAAGAAUGAGGCAAGCUCAGGCUUGUGUAAAUAGAAAGCGUAAGUUAUUUCGUUCAACAAACAAAGGUUAUAUUGGGCAAGAAUGUUGGAAAUUUUCAAGGUUCUUCUACUACUUCCGACAACUUAUUUCGUAUACCCUUUGGGUCAAGAAAUCGAUAUUCGCUUGGCAGUGUCGCCAACUUAUAUGUACAAAAUAGUUGGCGCGGGUAUGCAAGUUGCCUCAGACCACCGACGAACGUUUUGCCUGUGGUAGACAUGGGCACUGGAGAAGUUGCCCAGGUAUCAGGAAGCAAGAUCCCAGCAAGAUUCAUCCUUCAGAGAUAACAAUGCUCAACAGAGUUAAAUGAUCCAUUGAUCAUGGUCAAACUGAGCAAGGUAAAUGUCAGUUUUGUUCUGUAUUUGACGAAGUGUGGUAUUUGAGAACUGAAGAGUAGAAUGAUCAGAAGGGCGUAGCAAAGGAAUCUAUUCUUGAUUCUACCUAGUCCAUAAUUAUAUGUUAAGAAAAGAUGUGUUAUUUUGGUUGAAUUCCACCUCUUACUAAUGAACCUAGACAUAGAUAUGACACAGAUCAAACAAUCUGGAAUAUAUUGACUACUCCUGGUCCGUCAGCGGGCCCUUCUAAAUUAAGAAAUAUAGAAACAGAGCAUUGUUGAAUUUGUUUCGGUUGGGAAACAUCGAGUAACGUUAGUGUUGAUUCGACAAGAUGUGCAGGGUAGGAGGAAGAAUUUUAUUUGAGAAAUUAUGAGUAUGAUCAAUGAAAUUCAGAACCUUUGGUUAAAGGUAGAUUGAAUGCUUCCUUACAAUUUGGAAAUCAACUGAUGCAUCUCAAUUUGUUGUAGAUGUCAAUGAACAUGGUUACAAAUUACCUUACAAUAAGAUGAUAAGUCAGCAUUGACAUCGAUCCCGAUUUCGUUUCUGAAGCCAUUAACGAAUUAUUAUUAAAAAGGGUUUGGUUGUUGAAUCCACCACUACACCCCAUGAUGUUACCCCCUUUCAGAUUCAAUUCAGAGUUCAGAUAUAAAAAGAGACUGAUUCUUGGUUAACGUUAUGUCAACUAACACUUGUGGAAGAACACUAUUAUACUUGAAGACUGGAAUGUAGUCAUGUCUUAUUUAAAACAGGGAGAUUUUAUGCUUUCCUUUGAACUUAAGCAAGGUUAUCAUCAUUAUUACAUUUUUCAAGUGCAUGAAAAAUUGUAGGCUUUAGUUGGGAUUUUGGUAGUGGUACAAGGUUUUUCUCCUAUUUAGGUGUUGUCAUUGGGUUGGCAACAGCUACCUUUGUUUUCAUUACACGAUUUAAGCCUAUCGUUAAUCAUUGGCGUAUAGAAAUGGUAUUUUCAUUUUUUUUUGUAUAUAGAUGAUUGGGUCGUGCUGCUUCCUUUGAUUCGUAUGAUACUAUGGUCAAGACGGUGAAAAAUGACUUACUUGAAGCAGGUUUGAUACCAAAUGUUGAGAAAUAUCUCAAUGGACUCCUGUCCAGUGUUUGGAUUGGUUAGGAAUACCACGGGAAAGCAGAGUAGCUUAUAUAAAGAUUACUGAAAGAAGGAUGAAGGAUCUUGAGUUAUGUUCAGAUUCAUUUCAAGCAGAAUUGCCUGAGGUUUCAGCACGAAAGAUCGUAGUUAUAGUUGGAAAGAUACAUUGUAUCCAGUGUUUGGCACAGUUACUCAAAUUAAAAACCAGAUUUAUGCAUCACGAAAUCAUCCGGAGGGUACAUUGGGAUAGGACAUAAUGUGAUCAAUAGUGAUGAAUUAAUAUUCGUGUUCUUCUUCUGGAGAAGAAUUUGCAUAUUCUUAACGUAAACAUUAUUUCUGCUUAUUCAGUUCCACAGACUUUCAUCUAUUCUGAUGCAAGUCCAUCAGGCUGCGGGGCCUGGGUUUCUGAGUGCGCAGGCAUGAAAUGGGAUGAGAUUGGUUUGAGUUUGAAAUGGUUAAAAACUCCACUUGGAGAGAACUCAAGUCAGUAAGUAUGACACUGCAAACAGUUGUAUCUCACAUGAGACAUAAAACUGUCAAGGUCCUCUGUGAUAAUAAAGGAGUAGGAUCGAUUGUAAAUAAAGGAAGUAUGAUUGCAGAAUUGCAUGAGAUGAGUUUACACAUCUUUGAGUUGUGUAAAAGAAACAACAUUAGUCUUCACGUUCAUUGGGCUCCCAGAGAGGAGAACUGUUUUGCAGAUGCAUUAAGUCGCAUGAUAGAUUUUGAUGAUUGGGGUGUGUCAGAUGAAUUUGUCGGAUUUUUGGACAAAAUCUGGGGCCCUCACACUGUGGACAGACUUGCGGACGAUUUUAAUUUCAAAAUUAAGAAGUUCAAUUCUAAAUAUUGGUGUCCCCUAAUAGAUCAUGUUGAUCCCUUCUCAUGUGAUUGGUCGGGCGAGAAUAAUUGGUUGGUUCCACCUAUCGAAUGUAUAGCAUGUAUAUAGGGCAAGUACUUAAGCAUCUGAAGGUUUUGUUCUGCUAGGGGGACUUUGGUUGUUCCCUUCUGGCCGUCUGCACCCUUCUGGCCGAUUCUUUUCUCUGAACAAAGUGAUUUUCGUUCCUUAUUCUCUGAAUACUUCAAAAUUGAUAAUCCUCAAGGAAUUUUCGUUCAAGGCAGAAAUAAUAAU